AAUGAAAGUAGAAACCCAAACAAAAUAAAAGUGACGCAGUAGUAACGAGCAGAAACAGGAUUUUUAGAUGAGUUGCAAUGUAAGCAUUUGGCUUUGAUUGUUUUCAUUAGAAACAGAAUGGAUUAUGAGGACAAUGAAGAAGGACAGUUGAAUGUAUUUCAACGCCAAGGAUCCAUGGAGUCUGAGUUUAUUUGUGGCUGUUGUUCAGACCUUUUAAUUCAGCCGACCACCCUGACCUGUGGCCAUAGCUUCUGUAGACUGUGCCUUGCUCAGUGGUUCACUCAGUCCCGAAAGAGAACAUGUCCAUUUUGUCAGCAGGCUUAUCUAGGAUGCCCAGGAGUCAAUAUCACCAUCAAAAAUCUCAUUGAGAAAUCCUAUUCACGUAAACUAUCUGAGAGGGAGGUGGAAGUUCGCAGUUCAGAAAAUGAAGAAUUGAUAAGAAAAUUUGAACAGUCCCUACAAGGAGUAGCUCAGACAACUGGCUCCCAGAAUAGACUUCAAGGAAAUGUCUUCCAAAAUGUUGGCAACUUACGGUUUCAAGGCUUCUGCUCAGGGAUUUGUGUCAUGGGCGGCAUUAUACUUUUGCUGUAUCUUGUGAUGUUUUGGAGAAAUUCAGGAUCAGAUCUGCUCAUUCACAAACCCCCGAUACGAUGGAGCACCAAUGAUGUAGUGCAAUGGUUAACUGAUUUAGGUUCAUGGACAGUUGAUUAUAGAAUGGAAGCAAUGAGAAAUGAAAUAGAUGGAAGACUUCUUGUUGCUGCAGACAAUGCAAGUCUUGAGACCAUUUUAAAUGUGACCAAUGUUCUUCAUAAAAAAGCCAUUUCCAAUGCUAUUUGGCAGCUGAAGGAGUUUAAUAUGAAGCUCCCGGGUUCUCUCUGGGAGUACAAGGCGUUGCAUCCUGGCCGAUCUCUGUUCCUUGUGUAUGGCAUGAAAGAUUUUCCAAGAACUACUCUCCUGUAUGUGUAUUUCUUUGAAUAUGAUGAGAUAUUUUUGCCAUUCCUACAUUCCACAUAUCCAGAGAACACAGACAUCCCCAGUAUUCAUUUGUAUGAUGACCCCAGUCUCAGACAAGAAAUCGAGUUUUUGACCUACUUCACCAUACUGCCCUAUUGGGUGGUGUCCAAAUUCUGUUGGGCGUGGUUUGACGUCCACUUUUAUAUCUGCUCUAUGAUGUUCGUUAAUUGUGCAACUUUGACAUUCCUCGAAGCUAUGGCCUUUAAAAAGCUCUUCCCAAUGAAUAAAGAAUAUUGCAUAGCGGGUCUACGAAGUUAUGGCAAGGGUCUAAUGUCUACUUUCUUCUUUUUAAUGAUUUGGCCAAUCGUGCCGUCCCUUAUCUGUGACUUUUUCUUUUAUUCUGUCUUGUUCUUCACCCCUUUUUACAAUGUGGAUAAAAUUUGGAAAGAAAGAAUUUAGGGUGUUUUUUUUUAAAUGUGAAGUAUUUGUAUAUUGUUAUCUUCUAUUCAUGUUGAGCUUGUCGAGGUACGUAUAGUUUUUUUUGAAAAUUAUUUUUAGCUGUUCUAUUUCUUGAUAAAAUGAAUCAAAUCGUGAUGAUAGUUUAAUUUUUAAUUUUGUUCUUCACCCCCUUUUUACAACGUUGAUAAAAAUGUAUAAGUUGUUUUUCAAACGUCGAUUAUUUCUACAUUGUUUUUUGUUUUAAUAAUGUGCUUGUCGGAAGUGUGUUACAGUGUAGUCUUUCAUUAUUUUUUUGCUUUUUUUUUAAAUUCUGGAUAGAAUAAAUCGAAAUGUUCUGAUUGUUUCAUUUUUUAAACUCUAAGAUAUGUGUAAAUAGAUUAUUUGUUGCGCGUUUGUUUAUUAACCAUAUAACUGACAUAUACAGGGUCCAGUAACACCCUCUUUGUUUUCCUCUUUUAAAAUUUGAUUUUACUACAGAUAUAAAGUUAUACUGCAACAGAAAAGAAUUAAACAACUGAGACAUGUUUAUAUGGUUUUUAUUGGAACAUGCAUGAUUCAGAUUAUUAUUUUGAUUUUGCCAAAAAAAAAAAAUCUAAAAUUGUCCAUAUUAUUUAAAUGAGUAAUACCUUGUUACAAUUUGAUAUGAAAAUUGAAAUAUCGAUACUCAGAAUACUUUAAGGGUCUUUGAUUUAAAAUUGUAAACAAAACAAAGAGAACAUAAAAAUAGCAUUCACUUGUUUUAAAAAUUAAAAUUUUAAUUCCACUUAUUUUGAUUUUGAUUUUUUUAAAUUUGUCUUUUACGUUUAUCCGAGUGUUUUUUGUCCAUUAUUACUUGAAGAUUUUUUAUGGCAAUGGUAUUAAAAUAUUAUUUUUAGGAGAUUUUAUUUUAUUACUUUUUCUUGAUUCGACAGCAACGCGUGUAAAGUUAAUUUUUCAGAAUGUACAUUUUUUUAACCUGAUAUGGUCAAAUUAAAUGACUAAUUUUAAUUUAGGAUGAAAUAUGAUAAACCUGGAGUGUGUUCAAAGAAAAUCAUUUUUAUGAGAUGAGAGCCUUUAAACAUGCCAUUGUGUACUAUAAACCAACAGUUCAAAGAUCUUUGGUAAAGUUAAAAAAUUCAAAAACACAUAUUUAUUUAUAUAAUGUUAAAUUCUUUGCUAAUAAAUGCUUUCUUAAAAUUAAAA